CAAACCGAGAUAGGACGGCAUUGAUUGUCAGGCAAUUGAAGGACAGGAGAUACGAAACCAGGAGAGAAAACGCUUGCCCUGGAGUUUGGUAAUAGACCACUGUUAAUUAUACCUGGCGCAGAGCUGCUGUGGGACGAUGCAAGGGAUUGGCAUGGUCGAUAAAAACAACACCGGGAUGCGCCGUCUCAAACAGUGGCUCAUUGACCAGAUUGAUAGUGAUCAGUAUCCAGGCUUGGUGUGGGAUGAUGAGCAGAAAGUGACUUUUCGGAUUCCCUGGAAACACGCCGGGAAACAGGACUACAACCAGGAGGUGGACGCUUCGAUCUUCAAAGCUUGGGCUAUUUUCAAAGGAAAAUAUAAAGAAGGUGAGAAAGCAGAGCCUGCCACAUGGAAGACAAGACUUCGUUGUGCGCUCAACAAAAGUCCAGACUUUGAAGAAGUAACUGACCGUUCACAGCUUGACAUCUCCGAACCAUAUAAGGUUUAUCGAAUUGUUCCUGAAGGACAGCAAAAAUGUAAAUUUGGCAGUAACUCCAAUGAACAAGGUGAUGUCACUGAUAUGGAUUGCAGCCCUCCUGGAUCCGAUGAGCUUAUGAAGGAUGUUAUUGUAGAUUACAAUGGCAUAAUAAAGAGAAGUCAUUCUCCACCACAGGAGGAUUGUACAAGUCAACCACAGCAAGAUUGGUGGGGACGACAAACCAUUGAAGAUUCUUCAAUGCUGUAUUAUGCCAAUAACUUUGGACCUAUGCAACCCAGUUCAGGGUUUUGCCAGAUGAUAGUAACCUUUUACUAUGGAGGAAUUCCAAUGUCCCGGGUUCCCAUUCGGCGAUCUGAUGGCUGUCGAAUCACCGUCCGUCAUGCCCCCACCAGCAAUGAGACCAUAUUCGGGCCAGAAGGCAUGGAGCAGGUUCUGUUCCCACCCACAAACAAGAUCAUGAAUCAUCGGCAACAGCAAGUCACAAAUAAACUCUUGACUCACCUUGAGCGUGGGGUGCUGCUGCUGAGCAACAACGAGGGCAUCUAUAUCAAAAGGCUGUGCCAGGGCAGGGUUUUCUGGAGUGGCCCUUGUGCGCCUUUUGCUGACCGGCCGAACAAGCUGGAGAGAGAUGCGAUAGUGAAGCUUUUUGACACAAAACAGUUUUUGCAUGCUUUGCAGCUUUACACAGAGAACCCCCAGUGUGUCCUUCCAGAUAACAAAGUGAUUAUAUGUUUUGGAGAGGAGUUUCCUGACAUGAAACCCAUCAACAAAAAAUUAAUUAUAGUGGAGAUUGAACAAAUGAAAACAAAGCAUAUUUUGCAAGCAGUACUUCAGUCAAGGAAUUAUGAUAACAACAUCCAUCUUCAAAUUUCCAAUGAAACAGCAGAAGACAAAUUGUCUGGGAUUCUUCAUGAACUUUGUGUGAAUAGUUAUGGCUACCCAAGACCCGCCUACAGUGAAAACCAACAAAUAAGCUGAAAAUAAAAACAAAUCUUUGUUUCAGUGAUCUAAGGACUUUUGUGUAAGUUGGUAGCAUUAAGAAAAAUGCUCUUUGCUGGAUGUCAGUAAUUUUGCUAAAGGACUCCGAAUUUCUAAUCAUCCUUUUUGGCUGAAUGCAGCUUUGCACUGCAAUUAAUAUUUUUGUAACAAUAUUGCAUUUUGUAAAAUAAUCAUAUAUUUUAUAAAGGUUUAUUUUUCACUGUGAAGACCAAUUUAUUAUCCAUAGAAGUUUAUAACAGAAGGCACUGAACAGGAAUUUACCUGUAAUACUGUUCAUUACUGUCAUGACACUUACUAUGUAAGAAAUAUUUAUUACCUACAGAAUAAUGGAUGUCUAAGAGGGACUUGCAUUGAUUUAUUAUAAUGGGUUACAAAAAUUUCUAGUUUUGAAAUUGUGCCUGGGUAUGAGUUGCCUUGCAAUUUUGUUAUCAAUUUGGCUUUUAAAGAAAAUGGGCCGUUCAUUUGUAUAGAUUGCAACCUCGCAUGUAUUGCUGUGCAGUAAUUUGCAGUUACUUUGUAAUAUCCAAUACAGGUACUGACCGUUGUAUUAUCGAAAUGCAGUUUGAGUUGAGCACAGGCACAUUUCUGUAGAGGCAAUCAACUUCAAAAGAAAUCUUGCAUUUAUAUCAGCACUUUCAUGAGCUCAGGUAUUCCAAAGUGCUUUAAAAUCAGUGAAUUGCUUUUUUCUCCUGGAACUGUUGUAGGAAACACAGCAGCAAACAUGUGCACAGUAAACAGGAAUGUGAUAAUAACCAGACAUCUUAUUGAUUUAAGGAUAAACAAUAUUUUCGAAACCAGGGAGAAUUCUUUCCAACAGGACAUUUUAUAUUCACCAGAGAGUACAGUUAGGACCUUAGUUUAAUGGCACCUCUGAUAUUAAAUACAGAUCACAUUCUUAUUUUACUGAGCUAUCAGCCUAAGUUUGUGCACUCACAUCCCUGGAAUGGGGCUGGUACCUUAAAUUUCAGCAGAAGAGCCAUGAUAAUUAUCAUUUAAGCUAUGACUGUGAGCUAAACAGUUGCUGCAGGUAUCAAAACUCAAAACUUCCUGAGUAUUGGCUGGUUUAUGUAAUUAUCCAGUUAGUUUAUCCUAUUUGAUAACAAACAUAACCACUUCAUCUUUUUGUGCUAAAACUGUCAGAGGUAGUCUUCAAAUUUAAUUUAUUUUGCUUACUGAAAGGGGGAGAUAAAAUUAAAAAACAUGGAAACUGUUGAAAUUGAGGAUCAAGUAAUCUCUUAAUUGUUUUCAGUUCAGACAGUAAAUCGAGAAGCAGCACAUCUAGUUCUGCACUGGAAUUCUUUCUUCAUCCUUUUCUUCCAAUUCCUGUGCUGUUACUUGACCCCAUUUUAUAUCAUCUCACGAUGAAUGUACCAUUUCAGUUUUGUAAGUUGGCUGAUAUUAGCUACUCUGAAACUGAAAUAUUAUUAAGAUAUUGAUAUUAAUUGGAUACCCAUUCCAUUAUUUGUUGAUAUUAUAAGCAUUAAUUUUAAACAUGGAAAUAGGAGCAGGAGUAGGCCAUUUGACCCUUCAAGUGUGCUCUAACCUUCAAUAUGAUAAUGGCAUCAUCAAACUCAGUACCCUCUUUUUCUGCUUACAUCUUGAUCCCUUUGCUUCUAAGAAUUAUAUCCAACGCCUUAUUGAAAAUAUUUAAUGUUGUGGCCUCAACUUUUUUCUGUGGAAGUGAAUCCAUCACUCUCUGGAUGAAGAAAUUUCCCAUCAUCUUAUACCUAAAUAGACUGUAUUCUAAAACUUACGCAUUCAUUUCAUCAUUUCAAAGAAUUAAAUCGAAGACACCUUAAAAAUAAUAAAGUUAAAAAUCACACAA